AUGCAUGGUCCGACUGCGUUGUUUACAGACAUCGUGAUGUCGCCACAACCAGUAGCUUCCGAAGCUCAUGGACGUGCUGACCAAGGUCCAUGUCCACUCGCUGCUGGAUUCGUACCGUGGAUUGACAGAAACAUUAGAUUGACGACCACUUCGAGACCUCUCAAUCAAAAGAAAGAAGGUCUUCUUCUCGAUUGGGAAGUCUACACUCUCAUCUUAGUGUACACGUUCACGGUGAACUGGUGGAAUAGUUGGCGACAUUCCACGACACGGUUAGCACGUGGACCUUAA